AGCAUCAACGAACAGCGUUGCAGCGGCAGCAGCGACUGCCAAUCGUAUUUGUGAAUUCGAGGGAAUUGGAAGUGAAUUUAUCGGGCGCUCAUAGUAGCUUUGCUUUGCGCGCUAACUGAAAGCGUCAGUCAGAAUAUAACGGUACGCGACUUCGGUACUUAUUAUUUUAAUGGAACGGCGGAAGUCGGAAGUUGUGAAAACAAAAUUAUGAAAGAAUGUAGUGACAGUGGGGUAGAGCGAGAAAACUUAAUUAACUAACAGCCGUAAAUUGCUGAUUGUGUUUGUGUGAAAGGAGACAUAGUGAUUUUAAUUGAGAGAAUUGCGAUUCAAAAUUAUGUAGUGAAAAACAGGCUUAAGUGGUGUGGAAUUCAAUUAAAAACAUAUGCAGACAGGUAGUAUUAUUAAACUAAGAAAUACAUUAAUAAUUAAUGUAAAUAUAUGGAGUAGAACAGCUGCAAGAGUGUGCUGUGGCAGCUAAUAAAAAAAUUUAAAAUAAUUAAUUCAUGUGAAAUUCAACAAAAGUGUAUGCGCAUAUAAACAUAGAUAUGUACAUAUUUGAAUAAAAAGGCGCACAAAGUUUGACAUUCACAAAACAACAGUUACGUCGACUUUGUGAUGACAACAACAACAACAGCAGCAACAAGCACGAGUGUACAAUUAUUUUGAUGAAAUUAUUUUGCAAGAUAUGUUUUUUUGGUUUUGUUAUUGCUUUUGCCAAAAACGAUAAAAGUCAUUCAUUCAACGCUGUUUUUGUGCUUACUUUUUAUUGCCGUUCUGAUUAUUUCGUUGUUGGUGUGCUUUUUUGUUAUUGAAUGAAUAUUUCCGGGUUUAAUGACACAUCUGCUGAAUUUAUAAAAUUAAAUAUAUGCAUGUCUUUUCGCAUACACGUACAUACAAACAUACAUACGUAUGUAUGUGCAUAUAUUUUUUAUUUCUUUUAAAUUAUUAAACGUUUAUUUUAAUUGUGUGUUCUCUUUCUCAUCUGAUGCUGGUAGUGCUAUAAGUAAGCUUGAAAAAUAACAGUAAUUAAAAGAAAUAACAAUUCAUCACAAACAACAUAUACAUACAAACACAUAAUUAUGCUAAAAUAUAUAUUUAUGUGUGUAAAAAAUAAUAUAUAAAACGCGCACGCAAAACUCACAAACUGAAAAACAAUUGCCACAACAACGCAUUGCGAAAUAAUUUAUAAAAUAAAAAAGUUGUAUGCGCUUAUGUGCAUUCGAACUUAUGGUUUCAAUAUGAAAUUUCAUUAUUAAAGGCUUUGCAAUUGGCGGAAAAAGUGACAGUGAUUGUGUGACAAGUGACGUAACCGUACGCCAACAUUAAUAAACACAAAAAUAUUUCCCUUUUCACUUGUAAUUGAGAACAAAGCGCUUUAUUCAAACAAACAAACAAAAAAUUGUGAAAAAACGCAGUUAUUUUAAAAGGCAGACACAUUUAACGCGAAAAAAAGCUGCGAAAAAAUCUCAGUAAAAUAUAACAGCCACCAUGUUGCCACAGCAAUAUUGCCUGCGAUGGAAAUACCAUCAUAGCAAUCUACAAACAAUGUUCUCACAACUGCUGGACCGUGGCUGCUUCUGCGAUGUGACGCUAGCCUGUGAGGGCCAACUGAUACGCGCACACCGCGUGGUUCUCUGCGCUUGCAGCAGCUUCUUCGACACAGUGCUCACCAAUUACGCCAGUGAACGCGAUCCCAUAAUCAUAAUGAAGGACGUCACAUUCGCCGAUGUCAAGUGUCUAAUUGAAUUUAUGUAUAAAGGCGAAAUCAAUGUGGAACACGCAAAUUUGGCCUCACUCUUAAAGACUGCAGAUGAUCUCAAAAUCAAAGGUUUGGCGGAAGUAUCGUGGCGCGAUGACGAGGAUGGACCGCCGUUGCCCACCGCUGCUACUGAGUUUCACUCGCCCACACCCACACACGGACAGGAUAUGUACAAUACGCGACCGGAGCAACAACGCGUUGGCUCACCCAGUUUUAUGCCACCGCAGCGACUGCCGCGCGAACGCAAGCUCUCCUCACCGAAGGACACGGCGCACGCGCAACAAGGCUUACCGACCCUAACGCCACUACCGCCAACAAGCAGCGCUUCAAUGGUAGCCGUUGCUGCCGCCGCCGCUGCUGCAGCUGCUGCGGUCUCUGCCGCAUCGCCGGUGGAAAAUUAUUUGGGGCCGAAACGCAAGCGCGGACGUCCGCCACUAGACGACGCCUAUGACGUUUUCAAUGUCCGAAAACUAGCACAGUAUGGCGGCCAUUUGGAUGCGCACCAUCAUCACCAAGCAUACUUGGAGGCGCAGCGCCAGUAUAACGAUGAGCAGCGUCGGCUUGCUGUCAUCUCACCGAUACCGCACCCAUCGUCGACUUCGGUCGCAGCAGCAGCCGCUUACCACCAACACAUCCAGCAACAACAACAUAACAAGCGCAUGCGUCAAUUGCACCGCCAACAGCAACUGCACCAUCAUCAGCUACAUACCGAAGCGGAUGAGCUGGAACACGAAGACGCACAGGCCGACCCCGAAUGGAUUAACAGUAAUUUGGAGGUAAAUGUGGGUGGCGGUGGCGAUAAUGAACCCCCCAUUGAGUGUGACGUAGACACUGCCACAUUGAAGGAACAAAAGUUGGAUCAGGCAGACGACAAAGAAGCACAACGCACGGCAAAAAUCGAGGCGCGAAAGCGUAAGGAACGUCAUUCGGAAGAACGUGACAAGUUGCAUGCACGUGAACGCUCGCUAACGCGUAAACGCUCAAGCGCCGAGGAACGCGACGAGAACAAUUUAAUCAAUGAUGAACGCGAGCGUGAAGAGCGUGAGUCGCGUGAGCAUUCCGCACAAAAUGAGAUAACUGAUCAAACACAGGAACGCAAGGGCGGCAAUGUUGAUGGGGAGGAGGAAGAAAAGGUCAAAGCUGCUGCUACUGUACCACAACCGGUGGAAGAAAUGGAAAACGUGCGACAAUCUAAGGACAAGCUCAGCAAUGCUUCAGCCAAUACAACUUCCGCCACAAGCGGCACACAUAAGCGCGGAAAUAUUACCAGUGAUCCAAGUGCACCACUACCAUUGCCGCCGCCUCCGUCGUUGCACCAUCCCGCAAAUCCAUACGGCAAAUAUGCGCCUGAGGGUUAUUUAUUGAACGAACAUGGCAUAUUGAUGACACACGAUUUUGUGCAUGCGCCGACGGCCCCCAUACCAGCAACAGGUGCAACGGCGAGUUCUUCAAGCGGCGCAAUAGUCGGAGCGGCCGGCGCUGCUAAUGGCAACGAUCAGGAUUAUGUGGACAUAAAGAUGGAAGAGUAUGACGGCACAGAUUUGCGUUUGACCACCGAAGAGAUUUCUGAGUGGCAAGAUGUGAUCAAAAUGGACGAUUACUUGGCUAAAGGACGUCGACCGCAAUUCUGGGAGGAGCCCUUCACACGACGCGUAUUGGAUGCUAUAAAGAACAAAAGAUUGGAAAUGAAGAAAGCUGCGCGUAUAUUGGGUGUCUCUUAUGGCACUUUAUAUGGUAGAUAUCGCGAGGUGUACGGCUGUUUGAAGCAUCCUUAUAGUAGCUCUACUUUUCGCCCCACACAAUCAAAUCAGUUAGCAGUACAACCGCGUUUUGACAUGGUCUGGCCUUCGCCUAAACGCGACAGUGGUCUAAUGCCCGGGCAAUUGGAAAUCGGUAAAAUACGUCCAAAGGAUUUGAGUGAACUAUGGACACGACCACAAAUUUGAAAAAAAUCACAACAAAGUAUAUCAAAAUGUAAAUAAAUUUGCAGUUUAUCUGAAUAAGCCCAAAAGUACAUCCCUAUGAUUAAAAAGUGUUACUAGUACUACUUUUACUUUAUUUAUAAGUUUUGUAUUACUUUCAAUUUUAUACGUUACAAAUGUAAAGCAAAGUAUUUAGAUAUAUACACAUGUAUGAUUUAAGACAAAUAUCAUAAAUUUGUAUUAUGGAACGGAAAAAGACAUUAAAAAAGACAAUUUAAAAGUUGUUAGUUUAGUGUGAGGAUAGCUGUAGUUAUUUGCAAUCGGCACAUCACUUAUGCAUGUAUGUGUAUGCCACAUAUGAGUGCACUAAAAGUGUUUAAAUAUAUAGUUUUAUCAACUAUUUGAGUAUUAAAAGAAUAUCCGCUCUUUAGCAAAUCCUUAAAUCAAUUGCCAAUGCAAUUAGUAAAAUUUGAAGAUUUUUUCAUUUAUUUUCUAUAUUUCUGUUCGUAGUUAAAUAAUUCUAUAAACAUUAUUUUUAAGUUACACAAAUAAAUAUAUACUUAUUUAGACGUUUUCUGUAAAUAUUAAAAUAAUAAAAUGACAUUUCAUAAUAGUGUAAACUUCCAGAAGUGCAUACAAUAAAAGUAGACGGAUAAGUAUGUGUGUUAGUAUGCUAAUAUGAAUACUUAAUAAAAAAAUACAUUUAAUUUCUAUCUAAUA